UUUUAUUUCGAAGGCUCGUGUGUGCAAUGUUGCGUUAUUGUGUUGUAUUUGCGGUGGUCGGCUGUGUGCUAGGAACCCCUGUCGCUCAGUACCAAGUACAGGAAGAAGGUAUACCACCACACCUGCUGAGACAGUACAUUGGCCAGGGCCAGCAGCAACAUGCUCCACGACCGCAACAGGCUGCACCAGCUAGAUUACCCUACAACGCGCAAAGUGAAGAUCAGUACGAGGCGCGUCCUCAGUACCAGCCUCAGCCCCAAGCCCAACCACAGCCUCAAUACAGACCCCAACCCCAGCAGCAGAAAGCCCCAGAAGACUAUGACCCAAGCCCCUCCUACCAAUUCGGUUUCGACGUGAAUGACGACCAAUACACAAACUACCAGAACAGAAAAGAACAGAGGGACGGUGAUGUCAUCAAGGGAUCCUACUCUGUGGUAGACAGUGAUGGCUUUAUCAGAACUGUCACUUACACCGCUGACCCGAAAGAGGGCUUCAAAGCCGAGGUCUCUCGCAAACCCACCGACAUCGUAAUCAAGUUCCCCACACCCAAACCUCAGACGCAAGAAGCUCAACAGCCCCAAAAGCAACAGCAAUAUGUACCACAACAGCAACAGCAAUAUGUGCCUCAACAGCAACAGCAAUACGUGCCACAACAGCAACAACAGGCUCACCAGCAACGACCACAGCCUCAACAGCAACAGUAUUACCGUUAUGAAUAAUUAAGCAAUUUCGGUGUACACUACUAAAUAUAUUCUCAAAAGUAUCAUAAGUAUAGCUUUACGGUUAAUGUAAAUAAGUUAGCAUUAAUCAUAAAAACUUAUCAAAUAAAGUUUCCGUUUCAUCUCAUAAUGUUUAUAUGUUAUUGAGAUUGACCGUAAAGCUUCUCGUGUUAUUCAGUAAAACAAACAAUUUCAAUACUCAAUUUUAAAGAAUCUAUAUACUAUUUAUUAUUAAAAUGUUUACAAAAAUCUUCUUAUCGACAAAGUGUACAUCAAAAUUACUGUUAUCAGCUGGAAAAUUACUUUCUCUCUACUCAAUUCUAAGCAAUAUUUUACAGUGAGUGGUUUCUAUUCAAUGCCAUCUUAACUCUUAAGUCAUAUACAUUUUCAUUCUGUCAUAUUAAUCAUUAUUUCGUUUAGGGAUUCAUUCGCUAAGUGCCAAACUAAUGCAUAUAUAGUUCAUCAUGUUACCGUUCUAAUUGUAUACUUUCCUUCCAAUUUAGUUCGGCGAUAUUUUAUUUUUUGUGUCUUAAUGCCGUAAUCAAUAUGAAUAAAAAGUCAACCCAUGUGUUUCGACAUCAUAUCCGUUAUCACUAAGCACGCGUAUAACUUUUUCAAUCAAAUUUGUAGAUGAAUUUUACAACUCUCUAUUAUUUUUAAUUUUUUUCAUACUAUGUGCAUGUUUGACUACAGUUUAUGUCACAUUCUCAGAUUUCCAUACAAAAGUUAUUUGAAUUAGUAAUGAAGAUUUGUAUAAGGGCCGAGCUUUGCAGAUAUUAUAAAAGCUCUUUAACACAAGCUAUGUUAAGUAGUACCGUCAUAUAUUCUUAGAUUUUAGCUUUUAGUCUGCCAACUAUUAGAUUAAGAAUAGUCCAAAAUGUUAAAGUAAUAAAUGAGUUUAUUUAAAAUAUUUUAAUGCUUUUAUACCGCAAUUUAGAGUUGAUUUAUGUUUUCGGUAUGUGAUAUGAAAUCUUGUUAAUAAAAUGUUUUAUGAG